CAAUUUUGUCACGGGCAUGCGAGAAGGUAGGAAUGCAGAUUCCUCGCUUCUGCUACCAUGAGCGCCUGUCAGUGGCUGGAAACUGUCGGAUGUGUCUUGUGGAGAUAGAAAAGGUUCCUAAGCCAGUGGCAGCUUGUGCUAUGCCAGUCAUGAAGGGCUGGAACAUUUUAACCAACUCUGACAAGACAAGAAAGGCCAGAUAGGAUGAAACUCAAAAAGAGGGUGUAAUGGAGUUCCUACUGGCUAACCACCCACUAGAUUGUCCAAUGUGUGAUCAGGGGGGAGAAUGUGAUCUACAGGACCAGUCAAUGCAGUUUGGCAGUGACAGGAGCCGCUUCACAUAGAGCAAAAGAGCAGUGGAAGACAAAAACAUUGGCCCUCUCAUCAAAACCAUUAUGACUCGCUGCAUCCAGUGCACUCGCUGCGUGCGCUUUGCCAGUGAGAUUGCAGGUGUGGAGGACCUGGGUACAACUGGCAGAGGCAAUGACCUGCAGAUCGGGACCUAUGUGGAGAAGAUGUUCAUGUCGGAGUUAUCUGGGAAUGACAUUGAUAUAUGCCCAGUGGGAGCCCUGACAUCUAAACCAUACGCAUUCACUGCUCGUCCUUGGGAAACCAGGAAGACUGAAUCCAUCGAUGUUCUGGAUGCUGUGGGUAGUAACAUUGUGGUGACUACACGUGGGGGUGAAGUGAUGAGAAUCCUGCCUAUCCUGCCUCGCCUCAAUGAGGAUGUUAAUGAGGAGUGGAUCUCAGACAAAACCAGGUUUGCAUACGAUGGACUCAAAAGGCAGAGGCUUACUCAGCCAAUAGUAAAAGACGAGGCUGGGCAGUUGGUUCCUGCGACCUGGGAAGAGGUGCUGACUCGAGCUGAUGGAGCGUUGCAAGGAGUUCAAGGAAAUGAUGUCGCUGCUAUUGUCGGAGGCCUGGCGGAUGCAGAGGCUCUCAUUUCCCUGAAAGAUUUGCUGAACCGUUUGAAUAGUGAAAACCUGUGCACUGAGGAGGUGUUCCCAAUGGCUGGAGCUGGAUCUGAACUGCGUUCAAACUAUCUCCUGAACACUGGGAUUGCUGGCAUUGAAGAAGCUGACUUGCUGCUUCUGGUUGGCACAAACCCACGCUAUGAGGCACCACAGUUCAAUGCAAGAAUCAGGAAUAGCUGGCUUCACAAUGAGUUGUAAGUGGCUCUUUUGGGAAAGGAAGUGGACCUCAGUUACACCCAUCUUGGGGAGUCUGCCAAGGUUCCGCAAGACAUCGCGUCAGGAACUCACCCGUUUGCCAAGGUCUUGGAUGAAGUGAAGCAUCCUGUUGUUGUGGUUGGAAGCAGUUGCCUGCAGAAAGAGGAUGGAGCUGCAAUAAUGGCUGCUGUGUCAGCCAUCGCUCAGAACGCUCGCGUUAGCAGUGCUGCAGUGGAAACAUGAAAGGUUCUCAAUGUGCUUCACAGGGUUGCCAGUCAAGUGGCUGCCCUUGACCUUGGUUACAAACCAGGAGUGGAGGCUAUCAGAAAAAACCCUCCAAAAGUCCUGUUCCUACUAGGAGCUGAUGCUGGCUGCAUUACUCACCAAGACCUCCCAAAGGAAAGCUUCAUAAUUUAUCAAGGUCACCAUGGCGAUGUCGGGGCACCAAUGGCUGAUAUCUUGCUUCCUGGAGCUGCAUAUACUGAGAAAUGUAGCACCUAUGUGAACACUGAGGGCCGUGCCCCGCAGACCAAAGUGGCUGUGACUGCACCGGGGAUGGCGAGGGAGGACUGGAGGAUCAUUAGAGCCAUUUCUGAGCUUGUUGGAGUCACUCUGCCAUAUGACACCCUUGAUGAAGUCCGUCAAAGACUGGCAGAGGUUUCCCCAAAUCUGGUUCGAUAUGAUGACGUUGAGGAGGCUAACUACUUCAAGCAGGCUAAUGAGCUGUCUAAGACAGUUGACCAGGCUGUCCUUACCGGACCUUUAGUCCCUCCACAGCUUACUGUGAAGGACUUCUAUAUGACAGAUCCGAUAAGCAGAGCCUCCCAGACGAUGGCAAAGUGUGUGAAAGCUGUCACAGAGGGAGCACAUGCUGUGGAAGAGCCAGCCAUAUGCUAAAGCACAAUGGAUA